UUAAACCGCGUUAGAUUCUAGAGUUUCCUUUCCAACUAAGAAAAAUCGAAGACGACUAGAUCAGAAUUCAGAACCCACACAGUUGCAGUAUUAUCUGUGUGAAAUCAAGCAUCCAAUUGACCUGGUAAUCAGCGUUAUCAUCCGAUCCGUCAUCGAUUAUGGCUGCUCCGGCGUCGUCAUCGGCGACAAACAUCAUGCUCGCUAUCUACGAGAAGAAAACCGUCGCGGUCGAUCUUUAUCGUCCUCUUCGCAACUACAUAGUCUUCAAUUACUCCGAGCGCGAGGCUCAAAACCUCGAAGAUGACCUCGAAACCCUAAAGGAGAUGCGCAACAACAUCGAGCGUUCAUCAGCUGCUGACUCCCUCCCCGCCCGCCGCGAUCUUCUUCAGAACUACUUUAAAGCCCUAACCGCCGUCGAAUCGAGGUUUCCGAUCUCCCCCGACAAGGACCAUGUCAACUCCGUGACGUUCACGUGGCACGACGCUUUCAAGAACAAGAACAAGGCGUCGCAACAGAACAUUCAUUUGGAGAAGGCGGCGAUUCUGUUUAAUUUGGGUGCGGUGCAUAGUCAGAUUGGGCUGACUUUUGAUAGGUCGACGGUGGAAGGGAGACGGCAGGCUUCACACUCGUUUAUUGCUGCGGCGGGUGCUUUUGCGUUUUUGAGGGAUAAUGCGGCUACUAAGGCGUCUAUUGGGAGUUCGACGACUGUGGAUGUUUCAGUGGAGUGUGCUGGGAUGUUGGAAAGGUUGAUGCUGGCUCAAGCGCAGGAAUGUGUGUUUGAGAAUACCAUUGCUAAAGGGAGCACUCCUGGGGUUUGUUCCAAGAUUUCCAGACAGGUGGGUCUCUAUUAUGAAGAAGCCCUAGCUGCACUUAAUGUCGCACCUCUUACCCAACAUUUUGACAAGACAUGGCUGUCCCAUGUUCAGCUCAAGGCAGCAUUGUUUUAUGCAGAAGCUUGUUAUAGAUACAGUUUAGAGCUCCAUGAAAAAGAAGAAAUUGCAGAAGAAAUCGCACGUAUAAAAAGUGGCAUCGGUGCUUUAACAGAUGCCAAAAAAUCAUCUCCAAAGGGAGCUGCACAACAAAUACUCGAUGCAAUCAACAAGCUAGAAACCAAUCUGAAUUGUAACCUAGAAAGAGCCAUGAAAGAAAACGACAGAGUCUACCUAAUGCGGGUCCCACAAGCCAGUUCUUUACAACCUCUCCCUGCAUUCGCAAUGGUGAAACCUUUAAACAUGAACGAGGUGUUGGAUGCCAGCAAGGACAAGAUGUUUGCAAGUCUUGUCCCUGACAGCAGUGCAAAGGCUCUUUCAAGGUACACAGAAAUGGUGGAUGACAUCAUUAGAACUCAAGCUGAGAAAUUACAACAAGGGAGUGAGCUUGCACGUGUGAGUCUGAAAGAAAUGAAUUUGCCUGAUUCGAUUCUUGCAUUGGAAGGACACUCUGUUUUACCAACUGCUCUUUGGGAAGAUGUUGAAGCAGUUCAAAUCAGUGGAGGUCCAGCUGGCUUAGAAGGAGAGCUUCAACAGCUUCGUGAUUUGAAAAGGGUUAACCAUGAGUUACUUGUGCAAACAGAGGAGCUUCUUCAAAAAGAAGCAGUAGAAGAUGGACAGUUUAGAACCCAAUUUGGGACACGGUGGACUAGGCCUCAAUCUGCUACUUUGACCAAAAACUUACAGGAUCGGUUGAAUAGAUUUGCAGGAAAUCUAAAGCAGGCUGCAGAAAGUGAUGUUAAAAUUGAACGCUCAGUCAGAGAGAAUAUGGCUCUCAUGUCUAUUCUAGAUCGUCGUCCGAUUGAAUCAGCCCUUCCAACUUUGGCUAAACCAAUCAUGUCAUUGGAUGCCAAUGAAGAUGCUGUAGUGGGGACCCUGAAACAGAGCCUGAGGCAAUUGGAGACAUUAGGUGCUCAAAGGGCAGGUUUGGAAGACAUGUUGAAAGAUAUGAAGAGAAAGGAUGAUAUACUCCCGAAGUUGAUGACAUCCACGGGUUCAUAUGAAGAUCUUUUUAGAAAGGAGAUAGCAAAAUACAAUCAGAUAUGUGAAGAAAUAUCUCAAAACCUUCAAGCUCAGGAACAGUUACUGAUACAUAUUCAGGGUCAAAAUCGUCAAUUUGCAGGCACCUUCAAUAUCGAGGAUUACAAAGCUGCUUGUGAGAAAUGCUAUAAGCAUAUUGAAGCUGCGGUAGCCAAGUAUCGAGAAAUCAAAGAGAAUAUUAAUGAAGGGCUAAAGUUUUAUGUUACCCUUCAGGAUGCAAUCACAAGUGUAAAGCAGCAGUGCAGUGACUUUGUGAUGACACGAAGCAUACAAUGCAGGGAAAUGAUUGAAGAUGUACAAAGACAAAUGUCAGGUCUUAGUUUUCAAGAUGGAAAAAAUUCAGGUAAUAAUAAUAAUAAUAAUAACAAUAAUAAUUACAAUUACCCUUCCGCUGCACCACCACAAAGGACGUCUUCCCAUCCGGAAUCCGGCCCUCAGCCACCUUAUUACCACCACCACCAGCAGCAACCGCCACAACCACCACCAGCAGUAUAUUCUCAGGCUCAGCACCACCCUCCACCACCGCAACAACAGCCUCCUUAUGGUGUUCCACAACAGCAGCCGCCGCCGCCUUACCAUGGUGGAUCGCCGUAUCCGCCACCUCAGCAGGGCGGCCAACAGCCGCCAGCUGGCGGCUACGAAUACGGUCAACCUGCUUACCCUGGUUGGCGGGGCCCGUAUUACAAUGCACAGCAGGCCCAGCAGCAACCGGGGUCGUUUCCAAGGCCACCUUAUACGGUUUCCAAUCCUUACCCUCCUAAUCAAAGUGGCUACUAUAAACAAUGA